AUGGCCGCCGGCUCCAGCAGCACCGUCGUCUCCCAGGGCCGCAUCCACGACGAGACGACGCACAUUGUCAUGUACGUCUUCUUCAGCCUGGCGCUCUACAACGUGGGCGAGCUGGCGUGCCACAUCGCCGUCACCUUCAAGCGCCUGCGCGGCCUCUACUGCUGGAGCUUCCUCGUGUCGACGGCCGGCAUCGCCCUCAACGCCGUGGGCUUCCUGCUGCGCGCCGUCGGCCACCCGCGGCUGUCGUCGUACGCCUACACGGCGCUCGGCAUCGCGGGCUGGGCCGCCAUGGUGACGGGCCAGUCGCUCGUCCUCUACUCGCGGCUGCACAUUGUGCUGCUGCGCGAGCGCCUCGUCCGCGGCAUCCUGAUAAUGAUCGUCGUCAACGCCGUCUGGCUGCUCGUCCCCAUCACGGUGCUGCUCUUCCUCUGCAACCUGCAGCCGCCGCGCCGCGCCGCCCGCUUCCAGGCCCCUUACUUUGUCUUUGAGCGCAUCCAGCUCACCGUCUUCUUCGUCCAGGAGGUGGUCAUCUCGGCGCUCUACAUCCGCGAGACGUACCGCAUCCUGCGCAGCUACCGCGGCCUCGUCGGCGUCAACCGCAGGACCAUGUGGCACGUCAUCCUCAUCAACCUCGUCAUCAUCGCCCUCGACGUCAGCAUCCUCGUCCUGCAGUACACCGACCACUACGACCUGCAGACGGCCUGGAAGCCCUUUGCCUACAGCGUCAAGCUCAAGAUGGAGUUUAGCGUCCUCAACCGCCUCGUCGAGCUGUCCCAG